AUGGCUUCCGAUGCACCUUCCCUAUCAUUUCUUGUGCUAGCACUAUGCAUAUUCAUUGCUCAGGGGAAGGUGCACUCUGCUGCUGGCACCACCACCAGCAUUACCGUGUGGCCCCAACCAAGACUUUUCAAAUGGCCUUCACCUCAACAAGCCACUCUCCUCUCCCCUUCCUUCACCAUCACCACCAACGUCCCUAGCCACAUACACCUUGCCGCCGCCGUUAGCCGAUACCUCCGCCUCAUCCUCACCGAGCACCACCGUCCUCUUGUCCCUCCCUCCGCAGUUAAUUUCUCCACCAACACCCUUCCUUUACAAUCCCUCAUCAUCACCGUCGCUGAACUCACCGCUCCACUCCACCACGGCGUCGAUGAGUCCUAUUCUCUCACAAUCCCUGCAACCGGACCAGCCAAUCUCACUGCCGCGACGCCGUGGGGCGCCAUCCGAGGCCUGGAGACGUUCUCGCAGCUCGUAUGGGGAAAUCCGACGCGCGUGGCGGUGGAAGUGUACGUCUGGGAUGCGCCGAUUUUCGCUCACAGAGGCGUUAUGCUGGAUACGUCGAGGAAUUACUUUCCGGUGGAGGAUAUUCUGAGGAUGAUUUCGGCGAUGAGUAUGAACAAGAUGAACGUGUUUCACUGGCACAUUACGGACUCGCAUUCUUUUCCGUUGGUGGUGCCUUCGGAACCAGAUUUGGCCGAUAAGGGGUCGUAUGGCUCCGAUAUGCAGUAUUCUCCAGCCGAUGUUGGAAGGAUUGUUCGAUUUGGGCUUGAUCAUGGGGUUAGAGUUCUGCCUGAAAUUGACUCACCUGGGCACACAGGAUCUUGGGCAUUGGCAUAUCCGGAUAUUGUAACAUGUGCCAACAUGUUCUGGAUGCCGCCGGGUGGUGAUGCGCUUGCUGCAGAACCUGGAACAGGACAUUUAAAUCCCUUAAAUCCUAGGACCUACACUGUACUUAAGAAUGUCAUAAAGGAUGUUACUUCAUUAUUUCCAGAACCAUUCUAUCAUGGUGGUGCUGAUGAGGUCAUCCCAGCUUGCUGGAAAACCGAUUCCACAAUUCAAGCGUUCCUAGCCAACAAUGGAACCUUCAACCAACUUCUUGAGACAUUCAUCAAUUCUACUCUCCCUUAUAUCUUAUCCCUCAACCGAACUGUGGUCUAUUGGGAAGAUGUUUUCCUAUCCGACCGAGUUCAUGUUCCAUCCACAAUGCUUCCUAAAGAAAAUGUGAUAUUACAGACAUGGAACAACGGACACGACAACACGAAGCGCCUUGUUUCUUCUGGAUACCGAACCAUUGUUUCGUCUGCAGAUUUCUAUUAUCUGGACUGUGGACAUGGGGAUUUUGUUGGGAAUGAUUCCCGGUAUGUUAUUCAAAGUGGAGAUCAAGGGCAUGGAGGGUCCUGGUGUGGACCCUUCAAGACCUGGCAACUUAUCUAUAACUAUGAUAUCACGUAUGGUUUAAGUGAAGAUGAGGCACAGCUGGUUCUUGGUGGGGAAGUGGCAUUGUGGUCUGAACAAGCAGAUCAAACUGUUUUGGAUUCGAGAGUUUGGCCGAGAACAUCAGCAAUGGCUGAGUCGUUGUGGUCCGGCAACAGAGAUGAGAAGGGUAUGAGGAGAUACGCAGAGGCCACAGAUAGAUUGAAUGAGUGGAGAUACAGAAUGGUAAGAAGAGGUAUAGGGGCGGAGCCAAUUCAGCCCCUGUGGUGUGUUAGAAACCCUGGCAUGUGUUACUAUGCAUGAUGGACAGAUAAACACUCACUGAAAUCGGUGUCACUAUAAUUCACAGAUUCAAAAACUUAUUUUGAUAUUUUGUUGCUUCCUUGCCCAGCCAAUGGGUAAUCUACAUCUCUUACUAAUUCAUUCCUCUAUGAGAAUGAUGGAUGUUGUCAGUUAUACUUGUUUUAAAUGUGAUUGACUCUGAUUUAAGUCAUUGUUUAUGUUCUUUCAAGAAUUAUUCUAAGCGAUUGUUUUGUGUGAGGACAAAUACUCUGUCUCAGAUAUUGGAAGAUGGUGUCUGUGUCAUUAUCGAUUCGAUAUUUCUUUUAAGUGUUCUUUUUUGUAUCACUUGUGUCGAAUGAAGUAUGAAUUUAUUUCAUUGUCCCCAAAAUAUUAUGGGUUAGUUUCUGCACUAUAGAUGUUUGAUUAUCCA